AUGGCAAAGAAAUCUAAAAAAGGAGCUAAAUCUGGAGGAGAUUUCUGGGACGAUGAAGAACUCGACCAGGAAAACACCGGAGCUGAACACCUUGAGACUUCAGCACAAGAAGAACCAGAAGCUGCAUCUGCCGAUGACAUCGCUGGUGAUUUCUUAAGUUCUAUCCGUAAAUCCAAGCAAAAAAAGGACCAAAAGGAAGAGGAAGACAAGAAGACCAAAGAUGGUCCUAAGAUCUUAUCCAAGAAGGAAAAGGAAAGAUUGAAGAAGGAAGCUGAAAAACAGUUGAAGAAGGAACAGGCAGCAAAGAAGAAAGCGCAACAAGCUACUAAGAAAGAACAAAUCAAGGAAGCUAACAAGCAAAAUGCAGCCGCUGCUAAUGCAUCCGCUUCUGCAACUCCUGAACCAGAAGCUGAAGAAGUCGAAGCCAAGAAGACCCCAGCUAAGAAAGGAGGUAAGAAGGCCCCGGCUGGUCUUGCUGCUUUGAGAAAGCGAUUAGAGUUGAAAAAGCAACUUGAAGAGGAGCAGCAGAGAUUAGAGGAAGAAGAGGAAGCCAAGAGAUUGGAAGAAGAGAGAUUGGCAGCUGAAGAAGAAGAAAGAAAAGAAGCUGUUAGAGCCGCUAAGAAAGAAAAGGACAGAUUAAAGAAAGAACAAUUGAAAGCAGAAGGUAAGUUGUUAACUAAGAAACAAAAGGAAGAGAAGAAGUUACAAGAGCGUCGUCGUCAGCAAUUGUUACAAGGUAAUGUUACUGUUGCUGGUUUACAACAAUCUCCUGACGGACCUAAACCAAAGAAGGUUGUCUACACUAAGAAGAAGUCUACCAAAGCUAAAACUUUCAUUCAAAAGCCUGCUUCUACUGCCUCUGAAUCAAAGAAGGUCAAUGAGGAGGAAGACGAAGUUCCUGUCGAUGACUGGGAAAAAAUGGCUCUCGAUGACGAUGAACCAGUGGCCGAUGAUUGGGAAGCUGCUUUGAAUGAAGAUGUUGAAGAUAAAGCUGACGUUGAAGAGGAUAAUGAUGCUGAAGCUGAAGAAGAAGAAGCGGAACGUAAAGCUAGGGAGGAAGCCGAACGUAAAUCUCAAGAAGAAGCUGCUAGAAAGAAGAAAGAAGAAGAGGCAAGAGCUGCUGCAGCUGCUGCCGCCGCCGCCGAACAAGCUAAGUUGGCUGCCCAAAAGACUAUUUCUCCGGAAAAGGAUUUGCGUUCUCCUAUUUGUUGUAUUUUGGGUCACGUCGAUACUGGAAAGACUAAAUUAUUGGACAAAGUUCGUCAAACUAAUGUUCAAGGAGGUGAAGCUGGUGGUAUAACCCAACAAAUCGGUGCUACUUACUUUCCAAUAGAUGCUCUUAAGCACAAGACUUCUGUCAUGGCUCAAUACGAAAAGCAGACUUUCGAUGUUCCUGGUUUGUUGAUUAUUGAUACACCGGGACAUGAGUCCUUCACAAACUUGAGAUCUCGUGGUUCUUCCUUAUGUAAUAUUGCGAUUUUGGUCAUUGACAUCAUGCAUGGUUUGGAACAACAAACUCUUGAAUCUAUAAGAUUAUUGAGGGACAGAAAAGCACCAUUCGUAGUUGCUUUGAACAAAAUUGAUAGAUUGUAUGACUGGAAAGAGAUUCCAAACAACUCGUUUAGAGAUUCCUUCGCUAAGCAAUCGAAGGCGGUUCAAGCAGAAUUUCAUAACAGAUACGAACAGAUCAGGCUUGCCUUAUCUGAACAAGGUUUGAACUCAGAAUUGUAUUUCCAAAACAAGAAUAUUUCAAAGUACGUUUCCAUUGUUCCAACUUCAGCUGUCACUGGAGAAGGUGUUCCAGAUUUGUUGUGGUUGUUGCUUGAGUUGACUCAGAAGAGAAUGUCUAAGCAAUUGAUGUACUUAAGUAAGGUUGAAGCUACAAUUUUGGAAGUCAAGGUUGUUGAAGGUUUCGGUUACACUAUUGAUGUUGUGUUGUCAAACGGUAUUUUGAGGGAGGGUGAUAGAGUUGUAUUGUGUGGUUUGAACGGGCCAAUAGCGACAAAUAUCAGAGCAUUAUUAACUCCUCCACCUGCUCGUGAAUUGCGUGUCAAAUCUGAAUAUGUUCACCACAAGGAGGUCAAGGCUGCUUUGGGUGUCAAGAUUGCUGCUAAUGAUUUGGAAAAGGCUGUUGCUGGUUCCAGAUUGAUCGUUGUCGGUGAAGACGACGAUGAAGAUGAAAUUAUGGAAGAAGUUAUGGAUGACUUAACAGGUUUGUUGGACUCGGUUGAUACAUCUGGUAAGGGUGUGGUAGUUCAAGCUUCUACAUUGGGUUCCUUGGAAGCCUUGUUGGAUUUCCUUAAGGAUAUGAAGAUUCCAGUUAUGUCUAUUGGUUUGGGUCCAGUCUACAAGAGAGAUGUAAUGAAAGCUACAACCAUGCUAGAGAAAGCUCCAGAACUAGCAGUUAUGUUGUGUUUCGAUGUCAAGGUUGAUAAGGAAGCUGAACAAUAUGCUGACGAACAAAACAUUAAGAUUUUCAAUGCUGAUAUUAUCUACCAUUUGUUCGAUGCAUUUACUGCUUACCAGGAAAAGCUUCUCGAAAUCCGUCGAAAGGAUUUCAUGGAAUAUGCUGUCUUGCCAUGUGUCUUGAAGACAAUUCAAAUUAUCAACAAGCGUAACCCAAUGAUCAUUGGUGUUGACGUUGUUGAGGGCGCCGUUCGUAUCGGUACUCCAAUAUGUGCUGUUCGUCAAGAUCCUGUUACAAAGCAGCCUAACAUCAUGGUUUUGGGCAAGGUAGUUUCUUUGGAAGUUAACCACAAAUCUCACGACAUUAUUAAGAAGGGCCAAACUUCUGCUGGUGUUGCCAUGAGAUUGGACAAUCCAUCAUCUGCCCAACCAACCUGGGGAAGACACGUUGAUGAGACUGAUAACUUGUACUCAUUAAUCACUCGUAGGUCAAUUGAUACCUUGAAGGAUCCAGCUUUCCGUGACACUGUCUCCAGAGAUGACUGGCUCUUGAUCAAAAAGUUGAAGCCAGUGUUCGACAUUAAAUAAAAUCCUAGUUGGUUACUUUAUCUCUUUUCUCAUGUCCACAUUUCAUUUUCUACAUAUAGGCAUGCAUAGUUACAAAAAAUAAUUUAUACGAUAGUAACCUAAUUGUAUUUUUACUAC